UCUGAAUUUUACACGUUACCUUCACGCUUUUACUUUGAAGGCGAUGACCGGAAGCUGUCGUGUGGUGCUUUACUUUGACAGCUGGUGCUUCCGGUGCGCAGCUCCGAGCUGCAGAUCUUUGGUUCCAGGACAGAAUCCAGGUUUCACUCCAACAUUUAGGAGAAGAGGAAGAGGAGGAUUAGAAGAAGAAGACCUGUGAGGGAGAGUUUUGUGUUUUCUUCACUUCCGUCAGAGAAAGCGCGAAAAGUCGCGGCGGCCAGAAGGAAAACAUGUUCUUCUCCACAAGUUCCCCAAUAAAAGGGAAGCAGCGAGCCGAUCACUGCAGCGAUGACAUCCGGGGGUCCAGGUCGUGUCCUCUGACCCACCAUGUGACAUCCCUGCGUCUCCCCAGCCUCGACGCCUCCCUGCUCUCCCCGGACUCCUCCUACGUCUGCUACCCGGCGGCGGAGGGCGGCGCCCCGUGCUCCUGCCGCCGCUCCACGCGCCUCCUCCUCAACGGGUACUACGGCGUCAGCGAGGACAGCUUCUCCCGGGACGAGGACGGCAACGUGUCCCUCACCCCCUGCAGGACCAGCGUGUCCUACAAGGAGAACCCGGUCCGGGUGUUCCGGCGGCGGCGGCGGCCCCGCGGCGCUCUGGCUCGCCUCCUCAGUGACGUCACCGAGAGCUGCCAGUCAUGGCUGGACGAGAGAGUCUUCAGAGGCGUGUUCGGGAAGGGACAGGACCAGGACCGGGACUGGGACCAGGACCCGAACCAGGACCGGGACCCAGCCUCAUUGGACGAGCCAUCCUGGUCUGGACUUAACAGCACCGAGCUGGACGACAGCCGCCACUUCACUUACGACCACUCUGAGACUCCUCCCCCUCCAGACAAAGUGUCUCCGCCCCCAAGCCCACUUCGCCAGGAGGAGGAUUGUUCUGAGAUGUGUCAAUCAAAUGAGCUCAUCCCCCAGUCACUGGGCGGCCUCUCUGAAGUCCCGCCUCCUUCAGCUGACUACAGCUGCUGUCCGGCCUCACCUGAGCGCGCAGGGCUAACGAUGAAGGCUCUACUUCUUCUCAUCUUCAUCCUCUUCAUAUUCACAGCUGUGCAUUCUGGGUGUCCCUCGUGGAGCGCCACCGUCGCCUCGGCCGCCGUCGCCGUGGUCGCCGCGGUCUCAGCGCUCAUGUUGGUCACGAGGUCGGGCCCCAUGUCCAAGUGGAGGAAGGCGAAGACGGAGGACAUCACGUCCGGAAACGAGUGAGGGAAGCGCCAGCAGACAGAGGAGGGACAGGAAGUGUUUGAACAUUUCAGCCCUGAACCCUUUUAGGUCACAUGGGGUCACGCGUUGGAACCGGAUCUUCUCCUGAUCUUCUGUAAACGGGUCUUCUGUUGAUAAUGGUGGACAUUUGCUUUUCGGGGCUUCAGACUGAAACUCGCCUGGAGAACCAAUCGAGGUCCAACAGCACUUAUUUUCAAAAUAAGAGCUGUGACUUGACAAAUGUAAAUUGAUCAAAGUUGUGGUUGAUCUGGAAGAUGAAAGCCUUCCUGAUUUACAGGUCAGUGGGCGGGGCCAAGGACUCCAAUGACACCCACACCUUGUUUUGCAUCAUCCUACCUCAUUAUGAACCGAACCAAUCAGACGUUAGUCCUUGAUGACUUGAUGAAGUGAGUGAGUGAGCUUUAAGAGCAGCAGGUACCCGUCGUUCUACUUCAUGUCAAAUGAAAUCAUCACAGGUUCAGAGCCCUUCAAAGUAAAAGCCUUCAUCGGUUCAGAGCCCUUCAAAGUAAAAGCCUUUAUUGGUUUAGUGCCUUCACUGUCGGCCCGCUGUGCAGACACACAAUACAACGCAACACAGAGAUGGAAUCCUCAGUGUUGGAUUUGUCCUUCAGGGUACAGCAGACGGGUGGAGUUUAAUGCACUUAGAAAGGUUUUUAGAUCUAAAAGUUGAGUAUUUUUGGCUGCUGACACAUUUAAGGCGCAGUAGCGUAUAAGGUGAAUUUAUAGAAGAGCUCUAACAUGUUACAAUUUGCUUCUAUUGCAACGUUGAAUUAAAGUUAUAUUAGUUUUAAUUUAAUUAGACAGUAAUAUCACUGUCAUUUUGAAAAAGGGAAUGCACUUAUAUUUAAACACAUUUUGUACUAUAAUAGACUAGUUUAAAACUGUUGCUCUAAAAUGCCUGAUCGGUCCGAGCGGUUUGUAUUGAUCGGCGAUUGGAGGAAAAGAGAAAUUAACGUUAGCAUCAGGAAACAAAGUGUUAAUGAAUGCUAACGAAUAAGUUCUCUCCGCUUUAUAAAGUUACAUUUUCCUCUUAAAUUGAUUCUUGUUCGACCUCAAACCUCAAGAGACGAGUCCACUCCUUCAAAUGGGUUUUUACAUCCUGGUUCCUUUAAUGGAUCCAUUGAAACAAAUCAAGUUCAAGUCAUGUAAGAAUAUAAAGGACCUGUCAUGUAUUUAGAGGAAUAUAAUAUUCAUAACUUUGUUGAGUUAAGAAUCGUUGUUUUAACUACUUUAGAGUUUCUGAAUCGUCUGUUUUUUUAUUCAAAUGUGACGACGAUUCAGGAAAUCAAAUCAUUAUGUUACUGAUAUUUCAUCUGCUUCUCUGCACGACUUUCACUUUGCAUUUAAAGCUGCAUUCGUCAAAUGAACUCUGCAGCUUUAACAAGCUUUUGUGGCUGAGAAUAUGAGCCACGUUCUGUUUGGUGGAGACCAAAGCAGAGAGAAAAGUGUUAAUAUUGGACAUUAUAUAUAUAUAUAUAUAUAUAUAUAUAUAUAUUGUGAAUAAUGUGGGUUCUUCUGCCCCCUGGUGACCAAAAACAUGCAGCUUUACACGAUCAAAGUUAUGAGGGUCAAGUUUGUCAGUUUCCUUUUAAAUAGAAACAUUUAUGAAGUGUUGUAAAACAUCAAAUGUACUGAAAACAUUUAACAUGAACUUUCCUGAAUGUUUGUAAUGUAAUGCAACACAAUUCAGAUCCUUUUUCACAGUAUUCUGCACCGUGUUUUGUUUCAAGUCCAAAGGAAUAUUGAUCACUCAUUAAAGGACUAAAAAUGAA